AUGAUCAAGGAGUCUGACUCGGGGCUGGAGAGGGAGCUGGAGCCGGAGCCAGAAUCGGGGCUGGAGCCGGAAUCGGGACUGGAGCGGGAUCGGAAGCAGGAUCAGGUGCCGGAGUCGGAGCCAGAUCCGGAGCGGGAGUCGAGCUCACGACUGGAGCCCGAGUCGGAGCUGGAUCGGGAGCCCGAGCUGGAUCGGGAGCCGGAGCCGAACUCGCGACUGGAGCCGGAGUCGAAAUCGCGACCGGAGCCGGAGUCGGUACUGGAGCUUGAGCCAGCGCAGGAGUCUGACUCGGGGCUGGAGAGGGAGCUGGAGCCGGAGCCAGAAUCGGGGCUGGAGCCGGAAUCGGGACUGGAGCGGGAGCCGGAAUCGGGACUGGAGCGGGAUCGGAAGCAGGAUCAGGUGCCGGAGUCGGAGCCAGAUCCGGAGCGGGAGUCGAGCUCACGACUGGAGCCCGAGUCGGAGCUGGAUCGGGAGCCCGAGCUGGAUCGGGAGCCGGAGCCGAACUCGCGACUGGAGCCGGAGUCGAAAUCGCGACUGGAGCCGGAGUCGGUACUGGAGCCUGAGCCAGCGCAGGAGUCUGACUCGGGGCUGGAGAGGGAGCUGGAGCCGGAAUCGGGACUGGAGCGGGAGCCGGAAUCGGGACUGGAGCUGGAGCCAGAAUAGGGGCUGGAGCCGGAAUCGGGACUGGAGCUGGAACCGGAACUGGAGCCAGAAUAGGGA